GCCGCCCCCCGGCCGCUUGCUCUGCCCUGCCCGGCGGAUCGCAGGAGCCCGGCGGCGGCGGCGUCGCCUCCUCCACCGUCCCGGGCGGCGGCUGGCAUGGUGCGCCAUGGCCACUUGGAAGCGCGACGGACGGCUGACUGCGCUGCAGCGGUUGGGUUGCGCCGGGCUGGCCGGGGCGGCGAGCCACAGCUUAACGGCCCCACUGGAAGUGCUUACCGUGUUGGGCCAGGUCGGGGCUCUGCCCGGGCGGAGAAGCGGCCUCUGGCGAGCCGGCCGCAGCCUGUGGCAGGCCGAGGGGCCGGGCGCGCUCUGGAAAGGCAACCUGACCGCCUGCUUGCGCCUCCUGCCUUACAGCGCCGUGCAGCUCGCCUCCUACCGCCGAUGCGUGAUGUGGCUGAUAGAUGAUUUGGGUCACAUUUCCCAGUGGAAUGCCAUCGUGGCUGGGAGUCUGGCGGGCAUGAUGGCAGCCAUCGCUACCUACCCAACCGAGGUGGUCAAGACUCGCUUGAUUGCACAGAAACGACUGGACCCGCCUUACAAAGGCAUUCUUCAUGCUUUGUAUAUGAUUUACCACCAGGAAGGAGCCUCUGCACUUUAUCGGCGCGUCUCUUGUCAUAUUAGGUGCAAUCCCAUUUCCGUUGGUUCCUUCCUUGUUUACACUCACCUGGAUGAACUCUGGGGUCAACCCAACCUCCCUUUCACACCAAUGCAAAACUUCUUCAAUGGCUGUCUGGCUGCUGCAGUGGCCCAAACUUUCUCUUUCCCCUUUGAAACCGUCAAGAGGAAAAUACAGGCUCAGAGCUCUCACCUCCCAUGUUCUGGAGGGGUUGAUGUCCAUUUUAGCGGCGUGAUUGAUUGUUUUAAGCAGACGGUGAAAACCAAAGGGGUCCUGGCACUCUGGAACGGAUUAACUGCCAAUUUACUCCGGAUCGUCCCUUAUUUUGGGAUCAUGUUCAGCACUUUUGAAUUUUGUAAACGGGUCUGCCUGUACUGGAAUGGUUACACCGACUCCCCUUUACGCUACGCACUUACCCCUGGCGUCGACCAGAGUUUACGACCUCAGGAACUGCAAGACGUAAAGCUCCUUGGACGAAGAAACUUCUAAGCCUUCCGGAUGCGUUUCUGAACGUGGCUUCCCAGCCAAAAAAAGGGGGGGCACUGAGAUUCUCAGCCAGCUAUCUUGUCUUCCGUUGAAUUGCUGCCAAAGGGUUCCCAAACUCAAGGAACUGGGACACAAUUUCCUCAUUCAAGUGAGUCUGCGCAACCAGACAAACCUUCAAGUUUACAAACAUCCAUCCACUCUCAUUGAUUGCCAACUGUUGAACUGUGAGGCUCUCUGAGCUUGGUGGUUUUCUUGCAGACGUUUCAUUACCGGUCUAGGUAACGUCAUCAAUGCUGAGGGGAGAAGCAAGGUUGCUUUCAUAUAGAUGAGAACAAGCCUUACUCCUUUCUAGCACUGAUGUUACCUAGGUCAGGGGGGGUCACCAACCUUUUGGACCUCCGGGACCACUAAAUUCAUAAUUUUAAAUCCCCCCGGAACUAGUAAAAUCAAUUAGUGACAGGAUGGGGGUCCUUCAGGCAUUUAGCUUGGCCGCCUGUUAGUGGAGAGAAGCGCACGGGCUCAACCCUUGCUGUCCUUUUGCAGCUAGGAAUCCUCAAAUACGGCCAAGAAUGAAUGAAUGUCUUGUAGUCACCCCGGGCGCUAGAUCGGCCCCCCUCUGUCUUUGAGGAGCCUGGCUGAAGUUUCACGCAACCGCUCACUGAAGCGCCUGGACUCCCAGGGAGGAAAGGGGUUGGAGCUAAUAAACAGGCAGCCAAGCUAAGUGCCUGAAGGACCCCAUCCCAUCAGCGAGCAGUAUUAAUUGCUUCAGCGGGCCGUAUCCGGCCCAGGGCCGUAGUUUUGAGGAUCCCGAUUUAGUGCAAUACAACAUUGCAAAUAUUUUUUCUGCGAACCAGCAAAGUUUUCUCCACCAAAGAACCCUCAAUUGGUGAUCACGACUUUAGUUAGCUUAUGAAAUGUCCUUCAAAAAAAACAACCGAGCUCAGAGAGCAGCAAGGGACUCUCGCUGCAACCCUGAGUUGCAAACAUUCUCUUCCCAGUGAUUGAACUCUUCACUGAAAACGCUAUCGCCAGUUUGUUUCCAGACCUGUCAAUCUGAGAACCUCCCUUCCUUUUCCAGCACAGCCUGGUUGGUUGCCGUAUAAUAAUGAAGUUCAGAUCAGCAAUGUGAGAAUCCGUCCUCGGUCAUCACACGACCAUCAGAAAGGAGAAGAACAAGGGGCCGAUGAGAGAUAAUCUCGUAUCGGGAAGACGGGAAUCACAGGGGGAUGUUUUUGGAGUAUAGCUGGAGUGGAUUGUGUAUGUGAGGAGGAGGAAGAGGCUAAAGAGAUCUCUUUCUCAAAAUCCCACCCACCCACUCACAGAAGCUAGCUGAUGGAGGCCAGAUUAGAAAUGUCCCCGACAGGCUAAGUUUCCACAGGUAGGAAUUUUAACAGGGUGGUGUGAACUUUAAAUGUAAUGCAGAACAGCAGACGUCACCUACCUGUUCGUCCCCGCCUUAAGAUUCCGAAAUGGGAAAAUCCGAGGAGGAUUAUAUUACGUGCUGCUUGGAUUCUGAUGGAAUUUUCCAGGGAACUGUAAUCUUAUCUCUUUGAUUUUUAGAUCUCUGAAAAGCUUGCAAAUGAGCAUCUGUGACCAAAUGUACAUACAGCAAAGUUCCCUCUCUCCAAAUCUUGAAAUAUAAUGCACCAGCAUGGUUCUUUCUCUUCCUUGUCAUUUUACGGUAGAUAUCAGCCAAAAGUUGUGAUUCUGGUGUCAACAGAGUCCCUAAAUGCUUGCAAAAGAGGAGUAGUGACCAAAUGUACUGCAAAAUUCCCUUUCUCCAAAUUCUUGAAAUAUAAUGCACCAGCAUGGUUCUUCCCCUUCCUUGACAUUUUAAAUACCUGCCUCUAAUCGUGAUUCUGUCAACAAGUCGUUCUAAAAUUCCUAGCAAUAACAGGUUUGAAUGUGUUUUCUUGACAUGAUCCCUGAACUUAUUAAACAGGAGAACCAAUGACUCCGUC